AUGUACCGCUCAACCAAGGGAGCAUCCAAGGCUCGACGGGACCAGAUCAACGCCGAGAUCCGGAACCUGAAGGACUUAUUGCCGAUAACUGAUGCAGAUAAAGCGCGGCUCUCAUACCUGCACAUCAUGUCACUUGCCUGCAUGUACACCAGGAAAUCAGUCUUCUUCACUCAAGAAGUGGGAAGUCUUGAGGAGAGCCAAAGGUUUCUGUCUUUCCACGAGCUGUCGGAGUUGAUGCAGGCGCUGCCGGGAUUUCUGAUGCUGGUGACUGGGGAAGGGAAGCUCCUGUACCUGUCAGACAGCGUCUCCGAGCACCUCGGACACUCCAUGGUGGAUCUUGUGGCACAGGGAGACAGUGUGUAUGAUAUCAUCGACGCCUCAGACCACCUUAUCAUGAGGACCAACCUGUCAACCUCGACGUCGGUUGAGAUGGACCAUCUCUUCCGCUGCCGUUUCAACACCUCCAAGUCCGUGCGGAGGCAGAGUGCUGGGAACAAGCUGGUUCUGAUCCGGGCUCGCUGCCUUUCCCCCCCGGCCACCUCUCCUGCCACCGGGUCCUACUGGACCUCCAACCCAGUCUGGGUGUGUUUCUGCUCCCCUCUGGAGCCCCACCCGACCCGCUCCAGUCCCGGGGCAGAGAGGGAGUCAACCUCUGCCCCUCCCCUGGCUGAGACCAACUUGUUCCUUGCCUGCUUCCACUCCCAGCAUGGCCGGGACAUGAGGCUGCAGACUGCCCAAGACAGUGUGAGCGCCUAUCUGGGCUUUGAUGUGACAGCUUUACGCUCUCGCUCCUGGUACAGCCUCCUCCACCCACAGGAUCUGUCACAUGCCUCCGCUCAACACCGCAGCCUAUUGAGAGAAGGAGGAGAGGGCAGAGCUGAAAUGGUGGUGCGUGUGCAAUCUCAGGACCAGUCCUGGCUUUGGCUCUACAUGGUGCUUCAACUGCAGCCCGGAGAAAUCCCCAUCAGCAGCAACAACUACAUCAUCAGUGACUCGGAGGCCUGGUCAGUGCGUCAGCAGCUCAGCUCAGAGCAGACCCAGCUGACCCUGGUUCUGAGUGCUGGUACUUCUCAGCAGGAGGGUAUGAGCCUCCAGUCUCCAGAGACACUGUCCAGCCCAGACCAGGUCUUCACCCCAGGCAGCAGUGGCCUGUCCGCCCAGUCCUUCGAUUUCAGCACAGCUGGCUGCAGUGUGGGCUCCUCUGAUGACCCAGGGAGUUCUGCUGCUGAGGCUAUGCAGCUGGAGGGCGACCCGCGCUCUAGUAUCUCCUCACUGGAAGAAGAAAGCUUCUUUCAGCAACAUCCUACUGAAAGCCCAUCAGCUGCCUCCUCCCCUACUCCAGUCACUGUUGAAACAGUAGCAGACUUAGACUUUUUAACCCAGAACAUUCUCCUACCGCCCUCCUUCCAGCUCGACCCUCCACUGCCAGCUCUCCCCCUGCCUCUCCCCCCUGUCCCCACCCCACAAGCUCAGCAGAGUAAAGAGUUUGUGUGCACACCACCCUACACUCCCCAGAUUGGUGGGGCCAGCUUCCCAUUCGGUGAACCCCUCUUCAGCUUCGACCCCACUGGCACUACCACUCCACCGCCCUCUGCUACAACAGCCAGCGCCACCACCUCAAUUGCCCCUUCAGCUUCCUCCUCAGCCCCACCAACUACCGCCUCCAGCCCCGCUCCCCCCACCACCCUGUCUACCAAGCUCCCCCUCACACUACCUACUCUAUCCAGUGACUUCCUCUUCACUGAUCCCUGCAGUGGCUCCCUUUAUGAGAAACUGCCCCCUACGCCUGACAGCCCUGGAGACGGUGAUUGCACAGUGAUGACCCUGCCCGAGGUUCGGGGUCCACUGUAUGUAGAUGUUCCACUGGGGCCCCUGCAGUGUCCCCCUGAGGGCCUCCUUACCCCUGAGGCAUCACCCGGUAAACAGCCCUGCCUCUCCUUCUUCUCCAUGGAGAGAGAGAGGGAGAAGGAGAGGGCAGAAAUCUCCCUCUUAGCUCAACAUAUCAGCUCACUGGCAGAGGGAUUCUACCUGGAUCCACUCUUGUCCAAACUCUCUCCUCCCUCCAUGUCACCCUCAUCCUGCCCUCCCUCCCCCUUCCUGUCUCCCACCAUAGAAACUGCUGAUGUUGAUUCGGUCCACAUGCUUAGGGAGUUUUAUCCCAUCAAAGCGUGGAGAGGUCUGGACAUUCCCAUCUUCUUCGAUGAGGAUGACUCUCUGUUUGAAGAGAGCAUCCUAGAAACCCUCCUCCAAGAUGACUUUGCUCCUCCUCAGUCCACCGACCUCUCCUCCCCCUCCCCCUCUCCUAUGCCCGAUCCCUCCAGCCCAACCUCUCCUCAAACCCCAGUGUACUGGCGCCAACCCUCCCAGUUUGAGGGAGUGAGCCACUUCUGUAGCGUCCAAUCGGCGCAAUGUAACUCCAUGGCUGGGUGCGGGGCGACUGUGGCUGCUGAGGCCGGGGCAAAGGCGGAAGGGGAGGGGCUAGCGGAGGAAGCAAUGGAGAUCGAGGUGGUGUCAUCUCCUGUGUCCUCUUGCUCCUCUAUCCCAGCUUCCCCUCCCCUCAUCCUCACUGCCUCCCCCAGCCCUGCCACCUCCACGCCCAUCGCCUCGCCCACGCCCGCUGUGUCUUGCACUCAGUCCCUCCUGGAGGAACUGGCCGUCCUGGAACCCAUGUUUGGGGCAGGUGCCUCGAUCGCCCCUGGCUUAGGGCAACAACCUGAGUUGUAUCAACUCCAAUGUCAUCCACCGCCACAGUGCUUCCACAAAGAUGGGAGUGGAAGUGUUCCUCCGUUCUAA